AUGCUCGAGUAUGGCCACUCAGUCUGGCAGCCAAGGCACAAGACUCUGUGCUCCGACCUGGAGGACGUUCAGAGGAGGGUAACCAAGCUUAUCGCAAGCCUCAAGGACAAGCCGUACCCUGAACGCCUCGCCUCGCUCGGUCUACCCAGCUUGGAGCACAGAAGACUAAGAGGGGGUAUGAUCGACGUUUUCAAGUAUGUCCACGGUACCUACGAGGCUGACCGCCCCCAGCUGCACCUUCACGACGGCAGAGAUACCCGCGGGAACAGCCUGAAACUCGCCAAGGGAAGCUGCAGACUGAACGUCACAGCCGGCUACUUCUCCUACCGAGUCGUGCCAAUAUGGAACAGCCUGCCGGACAGCGUCGUCACUGCCCCCUCUAUUAACGCCUUCAAGAUCAGGCUUGACAGCACUAUGCGACACGCAGAGAACUGUACGACCCCGAAUGCUGUCAUUAGCUCCCAUUUUGGCACUUCUGGACUAACUGCUAGCCACGCAUGCGACAAAUAG